CGCGCUCGGCUCCGGUCCGCGGCCGCUGCGGCGCCGGGCAUUUCUCCGCAGCUCGGCUCGCGGCCGCGCCCUCCCGGCCCGCGCCCAUGCAGGCCAUCAAGUGCGUGGUGGUCGGCGACGGCGCCGUGGGGAAGACCUGCUUGCUGAUCAGCUACACAACCAACGCCUUCCCCGGAGAGUACAUCCCCACAGUUUUCGACAACUAUUCUGCGAAUGUGAUGGUGGAUGGGAAGCCCGUCAACCUGGGGCUGUGGGACACCGCUGGGCAGGAGGACUACGACCGCCUGCGGCCCCUCUCCUACCCCCAAACUGACGUCUUCCUGAUCUGCUUCUCCCUGGUGAGCCCAGCCUCCUUUGAGAAUGUUCGAGCCAAGUGGUACCCAGAGGUUCGGCACCACUGCCCGCACACGCCCAUCCUCCUGGUGGGCACCAAGCUGGACCUUCGUGAUGAUAAGGACACCAUCGAGCGACUGCGGGAUAAGAAGCUAGCGCCCAUCACCUACCCCCAGGGCCUGGCCAUGGCCCGAGAGAUCGGCUCUGUCAAGUACCUGGAGUGCUCAGCCCUAACCCAGCGGGGCCUGAAGACAGUGUUCGACGAGGCCAUUCGGGCUGUGCUCUGCCCGCCUCCCGAGAAAAAGCCAGGGAGGAAGUGCACGGUCGUCUAGAGCCCCCGCUUCCGGAGGAGCAGCCCCUCCCUGCCUGUGUCUGUUGUGCUGAGAUGUGUC